AUGCACUUCACCAAUUCCAUCCUCGCUGCCGCGGUCGCAUUCUUUGCCUCUUCUGCUUUGGCAGUGGACGUUCAGAUCGCCUACACUAUGGACAACAUGGGUGGUUACACCCAGAACAUCCCAGUGGAUGUCUACACUCCUCUCGACCAUCCGGGCAUGAUGACCACCCUCCAGACCAAUGCACGCUGCGCGCUCUUCACGGAUGGCAACUCUGCUGCCACCCAGGAAGUUGAGAGGGGUGCGCGCGUCUUCAACCCCCCUGUUAUGGUCGGCGGUAUGGUGUGCCAUGAUCCGUCCAUGCAGUGA